AUGAGCCAACCGGAAUUCUCGUCGAAACAAAUCUCGACCAAAGUGCCCAUUCCAAUUGAUGGGAAGAAAGCCGAAUUUUCGGCGAUCCUCCUACGUGACGCAUGCUCGUGCCCAUUGUGCGUGCACGAGUCGACCAAACAGAGGCUGUUUUCAACUGCCGACAUACCGGCCGAGAUUCAAUCGCAAGCUGUGGAGACCGACGCUGCAUCGGAUUCGGUAAACAUCAGAUGGGAGAAUGAUGUACCCGGCUUUACUGAGGAGCAUGUCACAACGUUGAGCAUGGCAGCUUUACGGCAACUCAGCAGCUCCGGCUCCCUCCCCGGACAUCAACAGGACUCUUUUCCGCCUCCAGCAUUGUGGGGUCAGGAAGCUCCUAACCUGGUAGACUAUGACUACAACACCUACAUGCGGGACGAUGGAACGCUUCACCAAUUGAUUAAUCAACUCGAGACCGAGGGGCUGGCGUUCGUAACCAAUGUUCCCGGUAAAGAGGAAUCUUUAGCGACUAUCGCAACUCGUAUCGGACCGGUGAAGGAUACGUUCUAUGGCUAUACGUGGGACGUGCGCACUGUGCCGGAGGCGAUCAAUGCCGCAUACACGUCCAAUGAUCUAGGCUUCCACACAGACCUACUGUACUUCCAGCAACCACCACACAUCCAGCUUCUACAUUGUAUUCAAUCUGCUUCCUCAGGAGGGGCUAGCGUAUUCGCAGAUGCCUUCAAGGCCGCAGUGGACUUGUUUCACAUGGAUGUGGACGCAUUCGAGACCCUUGCGACCGUCCCCGUGAACUACCACUACAAUCAUCCGGAUUCCAAUGUGUAUCGCACCACUAAGCCAGUCAUUGGCCUUCGUCCCCUUCGCAUCGGCAAUACAAUGUACACUGGUAUUCAAGACUACAUCAGGGAUUGGCAUGAGCUUAGUAUGCGGAAGGGGGGAUCUGGAUGGACUGAGGCUAUGCUAGUGGACUGCAUGGACAAGAUAAAUUGGGGCCCUCCCUUUCUAGCACCUUUCUCAAUCCAUGAAGAUCCCAUACAUCAGGAACAACUUGCCGACCCUGAUCUCUCCGCACUGAACAGCAAGGUGGAUCGGUGGCACCAGGCCGCCUCGAAGUUUAAUGCUCUAUUGCAGCGCCCAGAGUGCCUUUACGAGCGGAAGAUGAAACCUGGGGAGUGUGUCUUAUUCAACAACACAAGGAUACUGCACUCCAGGAGGGCCUUUGACAUGGCUGACAUUGGAAAGCCAAGAUGGUUAAGAGGGACUUAUGUCGACAAAGACCCUUAUUUUAGCAAACUGCGCGUACUGCAGCAUAAGUUUAGAUCGUCGAAAGCAGAUUAG